AUGCGAAUUGGUGUCCAUACAGGAUCAGUGCUAUGUGGAAUCCUUGGACUACGAAAAUGGCAGUUUGAUAUUUGGAGUGAUGACGUCACAUUAGCAAACCACAUGGAAUCGGCAGGAGUACCGGGGGCAGUGCACAUUACAAAGACAACAAAAGACAUGCUGCUCGGUGAUUAUUGCAUAGUUGAUGCAAAGUGGGUGCUCACUCUUUUUCAGAAUUUCUUUCGUUUUUUAUUCUCAGUUCAAUACUCCUACUUGCAGGCCUCAUUUAUUCUGUUUAUGUCAAAACGUUACCGUAUCUUUUGUAAGAUUACAUAUCUUUUCAAUCUUGACGAAGCCCAUGUUUUGGCCUAA